GCGGCGCUUUGUCUCGGGAGGGGGGGCCGCCCCAAUCCGCCGCCAUCCUUGCCCCCGGGGCGGUUAAUCGCCGCCCGCCAUGGCCCACCCGGAGCCCCGGCGCCCCCUUCACCCGGGCCUGCCUCUCGUUUCAGGGUGGAGCUGUGCAGCUUCAGCGGAUACAAGAUCUACCCCGGGCACGGGCGGCGCUACGCCCGCACCGAUGGCAAGGUCUUCCAGUUCUUGAAUGCCAAAUGCGAGUCGGCCUUCCUUUCCAAGAGGAACCCCCGGCAGAUCAACUGGACGGUCCUGUACCGGCGCAAGCACAAGAAGGGACAGUCGGAAGAGAUUCAAAAGAAACGGACUCGCCGCGCUGUCAAAUUCCAGAGGGCCAUCACCGGUGCGUCUCUGGCCGACAUCAUGGCCAAGAGGAACCAGAAGCCUGAAGUGCGGAAGGCCCAGCGGGAGCAGGCCAUCAGGGCUGCGAAGGAGGCUAAGAAGGCUAAGCAGGCGACCAAGAAGAUGGCAACAUCUGCUGCCAAGGCCCCCACAAAAGCCGCGCCGAAACAGAAGAUCGCGAAGCCUGUCAAAGUUUCUGCGCCUCGGGUCGGUGGAAAACGCUGAGGCGGCAAGCCUGUCAGCGAACGAAAUAAAAGAUCUGACAAACUUC